CAAAGCACUUCUUCCACUGAUUUGACCAUACCAUCAUUUGCAAAAUUUUUCUCUGUAAAGUCUAUAAUUUCCGACAAAGAUUCGGGAGAAACCACUGUUGAUAAUAACGAGGAAAGGAACACUAAAACUUCGACGGUCAACGAAAAAUCUCUGGAUGUUGAAUCUCAAGUUCCAGGGCAAACUUCUGUUGAUGUGACGCUGACCCAAGAAUCGGAUAUUCCUGCGCCAAACGUGAAUCGAGAAGAAAACACAGUUUCAGACGACACAAGGAUAUCUCGGGAGGAUAACAUGCGGACAGAUUCUACAACAUUGAAAUCACAAUUUGAUGUUCCAUCAACUUUCGAAGAUGACCAGGUUGCCGCUUCAAGCGAUUUUCCAGAUCUAUCUAAUGUUGACGAUAAAUCACGACCACAACAAGACGAUUACCCUUAUAGGGUAGAGAGUCCCAAAAAACAUUUAAGUUCGUGUAUUGAUCAGAGUAUAACGGAAAAAAAAAAGAAAAAUACGAGCAAUGAAGAAGACAAGGAUGAUGUAUGCAUGAUAAUGGAAGCCGUACACCGGUGGAGGGAUAACGUGUCAAAAAGAGAUUCACUCAUUAAAGAGCUGCAAGACAAUCUUAAUACCUUACACGAGACUGUAGAACAUCAGGAUAAUUCCAUGAAUACCUACCGAGAACGAAUAUUCAUCUUGGAGUCACUUAUUAAGCAACAGCAAGUUAGUGCCGAGUGGAAUCACGAAAGGAUCGAAAACAUCAAGGCCAAAGUCAUAUCCUUGAUUCUCAGUCACGUAAGUCGAAUUCGAUUUAUUGAUAAUGAAUUGAACCCACCUCCACUUCACCCGUCGAUCAUACACAUUUUCAUCAAUAUAGAACGAGAUCAGAUUGCUCAGAUUACAGAAUUAAACACCAAACUCACUAGCACGAAUACGCAACUUGGUAAUAUUAUCACACAACUGCGUCAGACAGUACAGGAUUCCGAGAACAAGGCAGCACGCUACGCGUUGGAGUCUGAGACCACUCGUGCAAAGUUAGAAACUCUCCUGAAGGAAAAAGAAGCCCACAUUGAAGAAUGUGGGAAACUUAAACUUUCAUUAGAGUGUGUCGAUGAAAAAUGCCGAACUUUAACUUUAGAUAAAAAGGAAAAUGAAGAAAAGUGA